AUGAGAUUGCUACCUCUCCUUGCUUUGGUUGUCUGCUUUAUAUCUAGAUUAUCUGUUUCUGCAGCAUCGAUACCGCAUGUUGGUCGCAAUAGAAUCCAGCCAGUGGGUGCUCUAGAAGCCCGAGACGAAUCGCCAAAUACGACGAUAUCAGGGAAUCAAGCCCCAAGCGCUUCAGCGACGAGCGCAGUAAACCAUGCCACAGUCAGAGUGAACUCUACGACCACGUCGAAUACCACCGCUCCGGCAUCAACGACUAUCGUGUCGCUCAACACAUCGACUCCCCGGGUGACUCCAGCGUUUGGGGUUGGCGGCUCUAUCCUUAUAGCUACGGGAGCCAUUCUUGCACUGAUUGGAAUACGCAAUCUAUGGGUUCAAGUUUUCUUAUCCGCUGCAUUUCUUACGAGCUUAGGAGUCACGGUCUUGAUUGUAUAUGUGAUGAAUCCUCCUGUGCGCGUGGCGGUACAAGGAGCGUACCUCGUGGCAAUUUUCUUCACAGGAGUGACCUUUGGAGCGUUUUCCAUUGUGUUCAAGGAAUUGACCGAAGGGCUUGGAUGCCUUUUGGGAGGGUUCUGUGUGAGCAUGUGGCUUCUUUGUUUGAGGCCGGGAGGACUUCUCACGGACACAAAUGCCAAAGCUGGAUUCAUCGGCGCGAUCUCUGUCGCAUUCUACGCCUUGUCUUUUAGUCACCACACGCGUCCUUAUGGGCUGAUAGUGUCGGCUGCUGUUUCCGGAGGUACGGCUGUUGCCCUCGGAAUCGACUGCUACAGCCUGGCUGGACUAAAAGAGUUUUGGCUCUAUAUAUGGGGACUCAACGAAGAUGUAUUCCCGCUGGGCACUGGAACCUACCCCAUCACUCGUAAUAUCCGGGUAGAGCUUGCGGUCACAGUGAUUGUUGCCAUCUUAGGCGUUGUAUCGCAGCUCAGACUGUGGAAAGUGAUCAGAGACAAGCGAAGCAAGGAGGAAGCAGCCAAGAAAGAGGAAGAGAAAAGGAAAGAAGAGGCCGAAGCUGAAGUUGCCCGCAGGCUCGAGGAGAAUAACAUGCGAGAAAGACAAGCAUGGGAAGCUCAAUACGCGGAUGUGGAAGCAAAACUCAUGCCCGAGCUUGGCGACGGCACUCAAUGUGCUGCUGAUAAAGAGGAUCUCGAGAAGGGUGACGUGGCCGACGUCAACAGCAUUUCGGGUUCAUCCCAGGUCUCUUAUCGCUGCUCUGACUGUAGGAAACAGGAGGGCAGUGAGGCUUCGUUCUCAGAUGUGACUCGGGCUACGGGAAAUACUGAAAUUGAAAGACAUGGAGAUGCGACUGAGAAGGCAGCUGACGGCGCACAUCCAAUGCCAUUCAAGGUCUUUGACGGGGCGGCCACUGCGAGACUGAUGGAUGACAUGGAAUCGGAUGUGACUGCCAUGGCUGGCUCGGACACCGCGACGGUACGCUCGAAGCGCUUCUCCGGAAUAACACUCUGGAAGAGAAUGUCUAUACAAAGCAGCCUGAGACCUGCACCAUCACAAGAAGCCCUCGCGCAUAUUGAUGACGAGUCGGAUAUGUCUGGAGAAAGCGCCGUGGAUGAUAGCAGUGAUAGACGGUCGAGCUCGGAUUGCCAUGGCGUUGAAAUUGAAUCGCGCGAAGAUGAGGUCGAGGCUCGCUCGGAGCCUGAAAUAGCAGUGCAAGAAGCUGUUGUUCCCUCUGAUAGGCGUAACAGCAACAUGGAAGUCGGAAAGGGUGAAGGAAUCCACGGUGAAGAAGAAUGCCUCGACAUUCAGGAAUCGGUUCUUGUGCAAGGAACAGAUGCUCAUGGAGAGGAGGAGGGCUUGCACAAUGCGCAAGGAAGAGACACUUGUACGGACGGCAAGCUACUGAAGCAAUUGAACACAGAGGCUCAAGACAUUGGUCAGAACGAAAGUCAUCUAUCUGAUGACACUGGGGGAAGUUUGCAAGAACUUGAGCCUCGGCCGAAUAGAGAGGACCAACAGUCGACAACGCAAGCUGAUGAAGUAUGUGCACCAUUGCCUUCUCGAGCCGAUCCAGAGGCCGAAGAGGUCUCUGAGAGAACACAACGACAGUCCUUAGAGACCUCCAAAGAUCUACAGACAAACGCCACAGCCGAGACUGAAGACUGCAAAGACAGACAUUCGAUCGAACAAAAUACGACUAGCCGCUCGGAGGAGCAGAACGUUCAAGUGUCAGCGGAACAUACCUCAUUGAAGGCGCCGCCAGGCAUAGGUGUUGAAUCCGAGAGGCAGCGACCCUCGCCGGCGCAUUCCAAAGGAAAGAGUAAAAGAAAAACGGAAAAGCCCAAACUGGACACCAAAACAGUGAAACAUCUUCCGGAGCGGACAUCGAGGGUAGUCCAGACCUAUCGCACGAAUGAAUGGGCCAAGCAUCUCUGUGAUGCAGAAAUUCCCCAGCCAGAACCUAUCGAGCCUAUCACAAAGGAAGCAGCGGAGAGCCCUAUAGACGAAGAGGCUCCUGCUCCUGUCAAUGUCGAGAAUCUGUUGCAAACACCUCUCACUGCGCAGCCACCACCUGCUGCCAAUUUGCGUGCCAGCACCGGGAAAGAACACCACAGCCCAACCGACUGUCAACAAAUAUCUAUUGACUACAGGUUGCGGACCACGUCGGCUACCAGUCCACAAAGAGUUGGAGAAGCUCAACCAGUGGACAGGUCUUCAGGAGAAUCUUCCACGAUCGUUCUAUCGUCCGCUAGCCCUUUCCAGAGCGCGGUGUUCUACGGCACCGGGCAUAAUGCUUCCCCAGGCGCAUCCAGCCCACCUAUACCGUCUGAACAACCUCAAGGCGAACUUGAGCUCACCAAACCGAGGUGGAAAGGGCCGCCCCCGCUCCUAGCCGUACGAGAGGAUAUGAUGCGAAGUCGGGUUUCGUCUACUUGUCUCAGCCUCGAUCCGUGGGCGUCGCGGAAGAGCCCUAGGCAGUCGAGCCCUAGACAGUCCGUUGCGUUGGGAACUUCGGCCCAAAGUUCCCCGAUGACUUCAUUUCCGGAAUCAGGGGAUGACGUCCCUCUCUCUCGUCGCCGUGCAAUGCUGCAUCAACAAAAAGUCCAAAGCCCGCAUACAAGCACGCCAGUCUCAGCGCCAAAAUGGAGUCAAACGAGCGUAUCGAGGCCCGGAAAUGCUCAAGCGGUCAUGGCCGCGUGGAGAGAAUCUAUUCGGGAAAACUUGAAUGACAAACGCAAUCCCUUGGCGAAACAGGAUCUACCAAUCGGCGGGACAGGCUUUGGCUCUCACACUUCGUUUCCUUCUGGUGCACUGGGGCGGAAUUCCUCCUCCCUGCAAGUCAAUCUCGACAGGGUAAUAGCCGAGGGGAUGCAGCGUGGAGAUAUGAGUGACUUGCAUCGGGAAGCCAUGCGACGCAUGCAAGCCAGGGCGAAUCAAAGCAUGAAUGGGCGGUAA